AUGAAAACUUUCCUACAUUUGAUAAUUUCAUCUCUUAACUAUUUACUCGAGCAUGUAAAUGAUCGAUGCCGAAUGUCGACGAUCUUUCGUGAUGCAUGUUCCAAAUUUUCGCUUCAAUGUACAGAAUCUUUCCAUAUUGAUAAUAUUGAUUAUGUGAUUGCCGAAGAUACUCUUGAUACACAGAUUAUUCUUGAAAAAAUUCUCCAUCUUGACUCGUCCAAUUUACAUGUUCCUCCAAUAGUUAGUACACGAUGGCUUAGUGAAUCCCUACGUGCUCAAUAUCUCUUACCACGUGAACCGUACACUCGAUCUCUACGAGCUGAGAGUUCAAUCGCACCGCAAUUAGAUCAUCAUUUAAACGAUGAAAAGUUACCUCGAACAAGACAUACUAAUGAACAGUCUAUUAUUCCAAGAAUACGAUCCGAUUCAGACAGUGAUUAUGAUGAGGGUAAAGACGCGAACAAAGCCGAUGAAGAUUUAGUUAAAUUAGCUUCAAAAGACAUCACAUUUACGAAGAAUAAUUGGAUGUGUUGCGAAUCAUCUGCACUGCCUGUUGAAUCAGAUGUUAAUCCAAAUCAAGCUGUCAUUGAUAAACUUCAAGAAAUGGCAAAUUUAUAUCGAAAUUCAAAUGAUAAAUGGCGUGCAUUUGGUUAUCAAAAAGCGAUAAGUACAUUGAAAAAAUGUCAUAGACCAGUGACAACCUAUGAGGAGAUUCGACGAUUACCAGGAAUUGGCUCACGUUUAGCUGAAAAGAUUGUGGAAAUCAUGGAGACUGGUAGUAUGACAAAAUUGGAAGAAUAUCAAACUGAUGCUGACAUUGCUGUCAUGGAUCUCUUUGGUCAAAUCUGGGGGAUUGGGCCAGCUCAAGCGAAGCGAUGGGUGGAUGUAGGUUAUCGAACAUUGGAUGAUCUUCGAACAAAAGCGAAAUUGACUCACAAUCAAAUGAUUGGAUUGAAAUAUUAUUCGGAAUUUCUCGAACGAAUUCCCCGGGAUGAAGUAACACAAAUCGAGCAUGUCGUUAGAGAAGCUGCCGAAACUAUUCGUCCUGGUCUUCUCAUCAUCACUUGCGGAUCCUAUCGCCGUGGCAAAGCAACGUGUGGUGAUUGUGAUAUAUUGAUAACCCAUCGAGAUGGUGUCUCACACGAACAUCUACUUUAUCCAUUAGUUGAUAAAUUAAAAGCUAGUAAUUUUCUUAUUGAUGAUCUUGUCUAUACAGAUAAACAUGAAGAUGAACCUGGAGCGCAUUUUCGAUAUUUUGGUGUAUGUCGAUUGCCUGGAGAUAAUCAUUUACCACGUCGAAUCGAUAUUAUCGUUGUACCAUACGCUGAACAUGCUUGUGCUCUUCUUUAUUUCACUGGUUCGAUGUUGUUCAAUCGUUCGAUGCGUCAAUUAGCUGAUGAGAAUCAGAUGUAUCUCUCUCAACAUCGUCUACAUGUUGGAGUUAUUCGAAUGGGGAAAAACAAAGUGAACGGAGGUCGACUCGUGCCAACACCAACUGAAGAAUCCAUUUUUCAAUAUCUAAAAUUACCCUAUCGACCGCCAUCCGAACGAGAUUAUUGA